AUGUCCCUACCAAAUGUGCUGUCGCGAGGUGACGACUUCUUGAAUGAAUAUCCGCGCCAGAAUCCAGUUUGGAGGUUCUUUUCGUAUGGUACCUGUGUCCUAACUAUCGGGCUAUCGAAGUUGGUUCUCAAGACUCUUUACAAGGUUGAGUUAAACAAUUUUGGUAAGUUGGAAAAGGCUAUUGAUCGGUCUCAGAGGGAGAACAGAUGUCUUAUGACCAUGAUGAAUCAUAUGUCUGUGGUUGACGAUCCGUUUAUAUGGGGCGUCUUUCCUUGGAGGAUCUACCACGAUCUUGACAGCAUCAGAUGGUGCCUUGGUGCUAACAAUGUUUGCUUUAAGAACAAGUUUUUGGGUACUUUCUUCUCACUGGGCCAAGUCCUUUCAACUGAGAGGUUCGGCGUGGGUCCCUUCCAGGGCUCAAUCGAUGCGGCAAUAAGACUGUUGAGUCCCGAUGAUACUCUUGACCUAGAGUGGACUCCACACCAUGAGAAACCGGAGGCUGUUAGGCUGAAGGUUCCACCAAUGGUGAAAACCAUCAGGGAAGAGUACAUACCUCCUGUGAAACGGUACAAGCCGUCCUGGUUGCAUGUCUAUCCAGAAGGAUUUGUUCUGCAGCUGCAUCCUCCUUUCUCAAACUCAAUGAGGUACUUCAAGUGGGGCGUGUCAAGAAUGGUAUUGGAAGCGACCGUACCGCCUAUCAUUGUUCCAAUCUUUACCACUGGGUUUGAGAAAGUCGCUUCGGAAGAAGCAGCAGGCACCGGCAUCAAACGCUAUAUACCUUCUAAUAUUGGAGCAGAGAUCAAAGUCACUGUUGGGGAUCCUGUAGAUGACUCGGUCAUCGAGCAAUAUAGGAAAGAAUGGAGGGAUUUGGUCGAAAAGUACCACGAUCCAGAAACUCCUGGUGACCUUUCGGCAGAACUGAAAUAUGGUAAGGAAGCACAAGACCUACGAAGCAGAGUGGCCGCAGAAUUAAGAGCCAACCUUGCUAGAAUCCGUCAUGAGGACUGUCAUCUUGAAGAAGAGGAUCCCAGGUUCAAAUCUCCCGCUUGGUGGAAGGAAUACACCCUUACUGAGGGUGCCUCUGAUCCGGAGGUCAAAUUCAUUGGUAAGAAUUGGGCGAUUCGUAGGCUGCAAGAUUUCCUAACCGAAGCUGAAGAGACAAACGACAAUACGUCUGGAUAA